CUUCCAGACCCUCCGUGCUGGCCUUCCACACUCUUGCGCCUCGUGAGGUGCUGCGUUUUCUUGCGCUUCUCAAUAGCUUCAAUGCAUCACCUUCGACGCCUUCUGCAGAGGUCGGGAGGUUUGGAAGAUGGAGGUGGAGGGUCCUGCCAAAGAGGCCGUGCCUGCGGACUCACUCUUGAUCCGAAAGGGUCCAGCCUGCCGGCAAACCCCGCCUCCUCCCCUCCGCACCAGUUUUGGCCGAGUCGACGAAGCAUCGAAGACAAGGUCCAGAGACAACAGCCAGUCACAGAGAUAUCUGCGCGCCAGAUGGCCUUCCCUUGCAGCGCCCUGCCCUGCGCGAUCCUCGCUGCUCUUGCGGCACAGGCAUGGGGCACGGCUGUGACGGUGGCCACGUGGAACGUGGCCAGCAUCGAUUGGGCCACCGCCGAGCAGCUGAGCCAGCAGAUCCUCGGCUUCAACGCCGACGUCGUCCUGACGCAGGAGGACGUCGAGUUCGAGCCGCAGCACAGCAGCAAUGGCAUCAGCCUGGAGGGCUACAGGAGGGCUGGCGCCUGCCGGGCGGAACCGCUGUGGGACACGAUGAGUGCCUACGCCUUGGGCGGCCGCUAUCUGCAGAACGCGGUGUACGUCCGCGAGAGCACCAUCAGGGUGGUCCGCAGCUUCAGCCAGAGCCUCUCCGACACGUCGCCGAACCCGCGCUGCGCCGCUUACGUGGAUUUCGUGCCCGCCGACGCGCCCUUUGGCGAAGCGGAUUCCUACGUGGAGCCCUUCCGCGUGGCGAGCGUGCACCUCACGGGCGGCUUCUACGUGGACGGCAGCUGGCGGAACUUCACCGUCGAGAAGCCCAAGCAGGCCCGCAGCGUGCUCAGCUGGCAGCCCGACAUCGCCGCGGGCGACCUGAACUCGUUCUCGGUCGCCGCGCAGGUCGCUGAGAGUCAGGGGUCGUACAGCCCGUUCGUGGAGGCACAGAGCGCCGGGGACGUCGACGAGUACAUCGGCUUCCAGACCGGAGGCGUCGACGAGUUUCUGCGCGGGGGAAUGUACAGGGUGCCCGCGGACGACGGUGCCACUUCAAGAUGGGGAGGCACCGUUGAUCACGUGUUCCUGCGCAACUCCGCGCGGGUCGGCUGGGCCGCGGGCCAGAGCAGCACCGUGGGGACCUUCAGCAGCUCCGACCACGCGGCCGUGGUGGCCACCGUCGAGCUGUCCUGGGGCGCCGCAGCACCGACGGGCGGCUCGACGCAGGAACUGCCCGAGGCGCGCAUCGCGAUGAUCGUCUCCUGCGUGGCACUGUCGCUGAUAGUGCUCGUCGUCGGCGCAGCCUUGUGGCACUACGUGGUCCGCCGCCGCGCCGCGAGCACGGAGCGUGAGCAGGGGCCAGUGGUCGGCCAGCCGGCGACUGACGGCGAGGUGGACAUCGAGAAGUGAGUCGUCAUCAUCGUCAUCCUCCUCCUCAUCAUCCUCCUCCUCCUCCUCCUCCUCCGUCAUCAUCCUCACCAUCAGCAUCAUUGCCUGCAAUAUCCUCACCAGCCUCGUCAUCAAAUCCGUGACCAUCGCCCGUGGCAUGUCUGGGCGCUGGUGGUUGGCGGGGAGUGGCGGCGGGACGCCGGGCAAAGCAUUUCGAGCCGAAGGCUGGGCCCCGUGAAUUGCCACCGUUGCUGUG